AUGAGAUUAAAAGACCAGCUGACAUUAUUGACAGAGAGGUUACGGCCGGAGUAUCGUAGAGCGAUUAGACGGAAAAAGAUAGAAUCCUACGAAGAUGUUAAGAGGUACUGCCGAACACUAGAAGAGGAGAUGGAAAGAGAUGCGAUGUAUACACCACCACCCACUGUUGAAAAAAGCCGAUUCCCAGCCGCAGCUUGGACGCCAACACCGAAAGCCAAAGUAGCAGCCGCCAAAGAAGUUGAGGAAGCAGCAGGAGUUACCGACGCGAAUUCAAACAAACAAAAUAUUAACAACAACAAUAAAAAUAAGAAACAGAAGCAACAACAGAACCCGCCAGUAGUAACUUCAGCCUCGAUCACAGAUCAACCAGUGAAUAACAACUCAACUAGCGAGCCCAAGCAGACUAACAAUGGCCCACCAGUGUGGAGACCAGUUAACGUUCAAUCGCAAAGGCAGACCCAACAGUCGCAAGGCAGAGCUGACGCCAGUGAUGCUACCCAGAGUCAACCACUAAGCCGGUACAAUAACAGAGGCUCUACACCAUUUGUCGGAGCAUGCUAUCACUGUCAACAAGUGGGCCACAGAGCAUCAGCCUUCCCGACUCCGGGGCCAGAUCCAGUGUCAAGUUUGCGGCCAAUUCGGCACUACCUUCCAAAAUUGUGGAAACUGCGCUACCUUUCGAACGAUGUGGGGAAAUGGCAACGCGGGGGCAUCCCUGGGGCCGAUGCCACCCGCAACUCAACAAUAACGGCCUCAUACGUUGUGGUGAAAACUCCUAGCUCUGUAACUCCGUUGUCAGAGGUGGUUGAAGUUUUGGGAGGGGGAGGUAGUGGCCGAGGACCACUAAGUACAGAGGUGAAAGAAGAGAAAGAGAAAUUGCUGCCAAAAGCUAACGCAACCCGUUGGCCAAAUAACAGCACAGAGACGAAAGAAGAGAAAGAGAAAUUGCUGCCAAAAGCUAACGCAACCCGUUGGCCAAAUAACAGCACAGAGACGAAAGAAGAGAAAGAGAAAUUGCUGCCAAAAGCUAACGCAACCCGUUGGCCAGAUAACAGCACAGAGACGAGAGAAGAGAAAGAGAAGUCACGGCCAAAUGCUAACGUAACCCGUUGGCCAAAUAACCGAGACGAAGUAGAGGAAGAGAACAGAGUAGCAGCCGGCGAAGCAGUUCUAAACUCCUCGAGCAACGAAGAGGACAGUGUAUCCCGCCCGUGGAGAAACGAGCUCCAGAGCAAAGUACAUUACAGCCAAUUCGAAACUCAAAACGAGUGGAAUAAACCUACGCCGCUGACACUGGACUCAAGUAGCGAAUCAGAUGGGUCGUUAGUGGAUGAGAGAGUGAAAAAUAAUAGAAGCCAAACCUCUGCAAACUUGAACGCAUCGAAGACUAGAGGCCUAACCCUAGAACAGGGCACCCUUUACUCCCAAGAAUGCAUUAAUAAAGUCAGACAGAGAGUUGCCAGUAGAGAAGAGAACGAGAAGACAGUAGUUGGAAAGGAGUGUGAAAUUGAGCCGUUAAAAGUAGAGAAGUCGGAGAAGAGAGUCUCUUUCGAGUUAGAAUCGGAACAGUCGGACCUAUCAGAUGACUCAGACCUUGUGGAGGUUUCGGGAACCUGGGAAGAUACGCCAACUCAAGUCAAAAGAGAGAAGAUUAUCGAGUUGAUAGAAGAAGAAGAAGAUUUUGAAAAGUUGAGUAAGAUUGAAUUGGCUGUCGAGCAACUACAGUCGACAGAUAUAGCAGCCGAAAACCAAUCACUACCAGAGACUAAGGAAAUUGCUGAACAGAAGAAGCCAAUACCGCCAGACCCCAACGUCGACUACGUAAGCCCACCCAUCCAAAUCUCAGACGAGGUAGAGCAUCAAGCUCCUACGGCAGCUGUGAUAACCGAUAAUCGGAACUACAUGCAAGUAGUCUUGAGCGGAACAACCUAUCGGGCACUUUUCGAUCCUGGCGCCGUAAUCACCUUAGUAGGCCCCAGAGUAGCCGAGAAAUUUGAAAACCGACUGAUAGCCGCUAAAACUUCUAUUCAGGCGAUUACGGGCGAACUAUCACCCGUAAUGGGAUAUUUACAGAUCAAUAUUGAAUUGGACGGCAUUGAUGCAACCAUUACAGCCCGCGCAGUUAAAGAGAUUGGGCACGACGUGGUAUUCGGUAGAGAUUUCUGUGAAAUCUUUAAAAUAGAUACGGAUCACAGGGGUUGGUGGAGAGCAAACGGUGGAAUAUGGCGAAGAUUUAAUAGCCAAAACCCGUCUGAAAAUGAUAAAGUUUUCGCCGAAUGUGCCGGAAUAACAAAAUUAGAUGAAGACGAAAGAAGACAAAUAGAAGAGAUAGUCGACGGAACUCUGCCCGAAUACUCGCCGGAUGUAUUAGGUUUCACUGAUCUCACCGAACAUCACAUCAGCCUAACGUGUGAUACGCCAGUGAGACAGAAAUUCCGCCGGAGAUCACCCAAAAAGAUAGAGUCGAUUCAGAAAGGAGCCAAAGAGUUAGAGAGACUAGGUAUCAUAGAGAGAUCAGCCAGUGAUUUUGUUAGCCAAGUAGUGAUGGUGCCGAAACAAGGCACGGACGAAGAGAGACUGUGUGUAGACUUUACAGACGUGAAUAAAUUUACUAAAAAGGAUGGGUAUCCGUUACCGCAAAUGGACGCAAUUCUUGACAGGCUGAGGUGUGCCAGAUAUCUGAGUAAAAUUGACCUACGUCAAGCCUAUUUCCAAAUCAAGAUGGAGGAAAGUAGUAAGAAAUAUACCGCUUUUGCCGUACCAGGAUAUGGAUUGUGGCAAUUCACUAGGAUGCCGUUUGGCCUGAUUAAUGCCCCCAUGACUCUACAACGCCUAGUGGACACCUUAUUCGGCCCCGAAGAUACUCCUCAAAUUUUUGGUUAUUUAGAUGACAUAGUGAUUGCCACAGACUCUUUUGAAGAGCAGAAAAUAAAAGUUAGGUAUGUACUACAGAAACUGAUUUCAGCCGGACUAACUAUCAACCCCAAGAAAUGCCAAUUUUGUGUGAGUCAGAUCAAAUACCUAGGUUUCGUUCUAGAUAAAGACGGGCUUAGGACUGACCCCGACAAAGUCGCGCCGGUAUUGAAUUGUCCAGCACCGUGUAAUGUCAGAGAAUUAAGAAGAGUAUUGGGAAUGAUAGGUUGGUAUGCCAGAUUCAUUGAAAACAGUUCGGAAACUAAAAUCCCACUAGUUAAACUUCUACGCAAAGACCAAAAAUGGACUUGGGGAGACGAGCAGCAACAGGCGUUCGAAAAACUCAAGAAAGCCUUAACCGUAGCGCCAGUACUCGCCAGACCCGAUUUCAACAAGCCUUUCUGUAUCCAAUGUGACGCCAGCAACGCCGCCAUAGGAGCUGUGUUAACUCAGGAGUUUGACGACGGAGAACACCCGAUUGUGUAUGUCAGCCGAGUCCUAACAGCCGCCGAGAAGAACUACACUACUACAGAGAGAGAGUGUCUAGCUUUAGUAUGGGCCAUAAAGAAGUUACGGCCAUAUGUCGAAGGAUACCAUUUCACAGUGAUCACAGAUCACAGUGCACUACGCUGGCUUCGCUCGUUAAAGGAGCCCAGUGGAAGGCUAGCUAGAUGGGCACUUGAAGUUCAGCAAUGGGACUUCGACAUUAUUCACCGUAGAGGCGCGAACCAUAGAGUGCCAGACGCCUUGUCGAGGAUGCUUGAGCCAGAAUUAGCAGCCGUGGCGGAGAUCUCUGAUCCUUGGUAUCUCCGACGAUUUAAAGAGGUAGAAGAGUUUCCUAAUAAAUUUCCCCAGUGGAGAGUAGAAGAUGGUCGGCUAUACCGAUUUAAGAGAGAUCCGUUGUUGGACCCUAUUACCCAUAGCGACGAAGCCUGGAAAUUAGUCAUACCAGCCGAACAGAGAGAGAAAGUCAUGACUGUUGCCCACGUGGAAGUUACCGCCGGACACAUGGGGAUCGAAAAGACCUACGAUAGAAUAGCGAGAGAAUAUUUUUGGCCGGGAAUGUACCACGACGUCCACUCCUUUAUCACCGCCUGCCCAGUCUGCCAAAGAUACAAAGUGUCGCAACAAGGCCCACAAGGCCUUAUCGGCAAAAGAAUCGUAGAAAAGCCUUGGACCGUGGUAGCCGCCGAUAUGAUGGAAUUCCCAAGAAGUAAAGGCCAGAAUAAAUACUUACUAGUUUUCCACGACCUGUUUACCCGCUGGGUGGAAGUCAAGCCAUUGCGUAAAGCAGACGGAAAAUCAGUUGCCAGAGCUUUUGAAGAACUAGUGUUAUUUCGCUGGGAGACGCCAGAGUAUUUGUUGACCGAUAACGGAACGGAAUUCUUGAACAAGCACGUUGCCGAGACGUUAAAGGAAUACGGUGUGACACACGUUACUACACCACCAUACCACCCUCAAGCCAAUCCUGUCGAGAGGAGUAAUCGCACCCUCAAAACAAUGAUAGCGAUGUUCGCCGAGAGUCACAGAGAUUGGGAUAAACAUGUCCACGAGCUUCGUCACGCCAUGAAUACCGCCGUACAAUCAACGCUCAAAACAUCCCCAGCCUUUUUGAAUUUUGGCAGACACCCCUCACCAGUCAAGAGUCUACGUACGGAAAUCGAGGGUCGAGGUCCAAAAUUACAAUUAGAUCCUGCCGUGUGGCAAGAUCGUAUGAAACGACUGGAUGCGUUACGAGAGCUCGUCGCCAAGUUUAUAGAUAAUGCGAGAAAUAAGCAGGGGGAGACAUAUAAUAGAAGGCGUAGAUUGACCAAUUUUGCAGUCGGGGAUAUGGUUUUGAGGAGAACUCACUAUCAGUCGAAAGCCGCUGAGAGUUUCUCUGCCAAGAUAGCACCCAAAUUUGAGGGACCCUUUCGAAUUACAGAGCAGAAAUCCCCUACCGUGUAUAUCUUGGAAGCCGAGGAGGGUAACAGUCGGAAAAUCGCUAAAGCACACGUAUCGGACCUGAAAAGAUACUUACCGCCGCGAAAUCCUAAAACUAACAGCCCUAACCCCGAUCCUACGAGCCGGUAGUGAACUGCAGCCCGUGGAAGGACGUACCUGGCGUAUAGACAUUAUAUGUGGUUUGUAUUGGUGGUGGAGUAGAAAACUGUGUUGUCCCUAUGAUGAGUGUGGAAUCCGCAUUUAAUUACAGUAAUGUUACAGAUAAGGAACUCCGUGAUGCCACGCCGAACUCGCUCCAGAAGCCUCCUGACGGAGUCACGACAUGUUGCCGAGGAGGAGUUCGUGCCACCGACGUUUACUGCCGUGCCGCCAGAUUUUGUGCCCCCGCAGUGGUCCACGAGACACGAGCGUAUUCGUGACCCUAACGGCCCGAAGAGCGAGGAGACGAUGCACCGCGAGCUCAGGGUCCGGGACGCUAUUCGUCGCCGAGAGAUGGAAGAGGAAGAGGAGAGAGAGAGAGAGUUGUUAGCCGGAUCGGACGACGAGGCGAGAACAGUCGAGACGAUGGAGGUGGCCGCCUUCACUCUGGUACCGGCCGAGACCAACACCAAGGUGGGUGGGGGGAGGAACCCGAGCUCCAAAGUCUCGCCUUGGUUUCGCCUGGAGAGCGCCGAGGAACGGGAGAGCAGAGAGGCCGUGGAGGAGUUGCGCCGCGUCGUGGAGAAGGAAACGGGUGUAGACCUCCCUACCCAGGUCGAAGAGCGUACUCUCGACACGAGAAGCCUACCCCAACGGCCCUUCACCACGCGCGAUGCUCGCGAGGGCACCACGACCCCAAAAAAGGACCCCGUGUGCUCUACUCCCGAAGAUACGGUAAGGGAGAGGAAGAGAGGACUCCAGUUGAAGGUGAAGCUGUCAGGCCUCCGGUACAGCGGGCUGAAGCCCAUUCCAACGGACCCUGAACUGGAUCCACCCCCAUACAGUUGUUUCAACUGUUGGGGGAGGGGCCACACAGUCUUCAACUGCCCAGAACCGAGACACGGCAAAAUCUGCCUAAAUUGUGGUAGAUUUGGAGAGGACCUCAACUCGUGCCCGCGCUGUCGGGACCGCCACGCUGAGUACUUGGCGACGGUAGGCUCUCACAAGGGUGUAACGACCAGGACGUCAAGCCCUAAACCCGGAACGAGUCGAGAUGAGGCACCUCGCCCCACAACACCUCUGUCACCCGAAGGAGCGACAGCCACCUCCCGCACGGCGUCCAUCUCCCGUCACCGCCGAGAGAGGUCCAUCACCUGGGCCACCCCGCUCGCCAAGGAGUCUCCCAAGCCCUCACCGCCCCGUAGUCCCAAAAGUUGUUCGGCUGGGCGUCCGCGAAUUCGGAGGGGGGAUCCUUAUGCGACAACCGAGCCCACUACCACCUCCAGUUCUUCUACCUCGUCCAGGAGUGGAUCACCGCCUAGAGAGGAGUCUCCCACCCGUGGAGUAGCUGAGGCUGUAGCCGAGACGUUACGCCUCAUUGAUGAGGUCCGAGAUCUGCCCCAGGACAUCAGGGACUCGAUCUUGAGGCGAACUUUCUGCCAGCCGAAACCCCGACGAUCCAGGAGUAGGUCCAGGAAGGACUGAGUUCGCCCUCACAGCCAAACUACAGCCAGUUACAGCCAGUAGAAUAGAAAAGAGCCGAGAAACAGCCGAGUAGCCGUAAGCCCGCACGGGAGAGAGAGAGAGAGAUACCAGCCGCGCGACUACACACACACGCUGGAGCUCACGCACGCGACACCUAAGCCGCUCGAGUCAGAAGAUAAGCCCGCCGCCGGGAGGGGGAAAACCUCGCGCCAGGCCGCGGCAGCAGAUACUAUACUGUUACUUGUAUGUGUGAAGCAUUGAGAGUGUGUGGAAAGAAUAUUCACCUAUGUAACCUAAAGAAUUAUUUAUUUGUAAUGUAUGACAUGAGAGGUGGUAUGAUACAGUGUGAAAACCCAACGAUCGCACGAGAAAACAUAUGUAAAUCGCCAAAUGUAACGGCACUAGACCGAUAACUAUGUAUUGCGUUUGUGUGAGUACUCUAGGGAGGUGUACCGUCGCGCCUCGGCCAGAGAAUUCGCCCACUUGAUUUUUCGUCGCAGCCCAGAGAACAUCCCUACGGUUUGACCAGACAUUUGUUUAUUGAGAGUAGAGUAAAAUAUAAGAGUGCGUUAUCCUGUCGAUAUUGUUAUAAGAACGAGGGAGAGGUACGAGAGAGAACUUCAGCCGGAAGGUAGUGUUUAAUGGUAAUAUUUAUAAUAUAUACUGAGUGUGAGAGGAAUAAGCCGGACGUUGCGAAAGUCGGAGCGUUACUGCCUCGUGGCAACAUUUUUGACGAGCCGAGAUUUGUAGUACCGGAUAACUGUGUGAGCGUUGUGUGCGAAAACGGAAAUUGUAGCUAGUAGAAAAUAUCACCUUAGAGCCUCGCGUUUAUUAUAUUACAGCCGGUUUUUUUUUGUAAGUAAAGAUUUGUGAAGUGAUAA